AUGAUAAAUCAAGUAAAUAAUAUCUUUAUACAUCAAGCAUAUCAAACUGCUCUUGCUAAUAUUUUAAACUCCUUUAAAUACACAUUUUACUUAUUUAAAAUUUCAUACAUAAUCUUCUUAAUUAAUUUUAUGA